AUGGCAUUCUCACCUAUGAGAUCAAAAGCCUCUAACCACACCCGAUCCCUUAGCUUGCCUUCAAAAUCGAACCCCGUUUUCGCACAAUUCGAAGAAGCCCUAUCGAACAUGCGAAAGUCCGAGUCCUCGUGCUCGUCUAUUUUGUCGAUGAACAAUAGUCUCGUCGGCCUCAAACACUUAUAUUCCAAAAUCGACGACUUGCUUCAAUCGACACACGUACAACAAAUAAUAUCUCGAGAAUCGCAUGUGAAAUUAUGGGCCGACCGAGUCUUAGAUGGCCACAUCACCCUUUUGGACGCUUGCACGACCGCGAAAGAUCACGUAUUGCUCGCGAAGCAGGGUGUACAACAGUUGCUUUCCGCCGUGAAACGGAAAGACUCGGAUAGCAUCCGUUUCUAUCUCGACUCGAGAAGAAAGUCGAAGAAAAUGAUCCGAAAGUCAUUGAAAGAGUCGAGGAGUAUUGUGUCCCGGGCGAGAGACGGUGAGACGGUGAAUGAUCUAGCGUGUAUGCUAAACGAGGCAGAGCUGAUCAGUGUUAAAGUGCUCGAGUCUUUGUUGACGUACUUGAUUGGGACCAAUAAAGUACAAACGAGAUGGGCAUUGGUCUCGAAGAUGAUGAGUAGCAAGAAAAUUGCGUCGUGCCAAAACGAGUUUGAAAAAAUCGACGUUUUUUUGCAGUCGAGCAGUCUAGGAGAUUUACGGGUUGAUGAGGAGAUUAUCAUUAUGAGUGAGUUGAAACGAAUGGACUCGAGCAUCCAAAAUCUCGAAGAAGAACUCGAUUGCUUAUUUAGGCAAUUGAUUAAAACUAGAGUUUUGCUACUCAACUUGCUCAACAACUAG